UUUUUCAAUGAUCUUAAAUGGAUGAAUAAUUGAAUUACCACAAUUAUUUCUCUUUUAAACCGCCAUACUUUUCAUUUAUCAGGAUUCAGGAGCAUAUCUCUAUUCUAAUUCUAAUUGCCAUGUCUACAUGCUUGCUUGUGAAUUCUCUCUUAUCUUCAAUCCGGUGCUAAGCUUUCGUUGAGGUACUCAUCUUUAUCUGUUUUUCUUCCUUCUAGCUUGUUUUCCAGUGUUUUCAAUAGAACUUUGUACAAAUGUUUGGCCUUCCUUCUGUUUAGCUUUGAUUCUUUUACAUCCUAAUCUGGAAUCAACAGUGAUUCAAUUCGGUUGCUUAGUGUAUGGACACACUUCUUGAAGGAUAUUAUAGCCCAAUGAAUCAUUGGCAAUUUGAUCAUGGCUUAGUUGAUGAAUCUAAACUUAACCAUGGCCUCAAAGAUCCUGUUGAUCCAUGGUUCCUUCCAACCAAUACAAAUCCUCUUAGUGAUUUUUCUCCAUCUUCUAGUAUGAACAAACAUGGAGAUCCUGCAGACAUCGGUGAGCCCUUUCUGGCAACUCUCAGGUAUAUAAAUUAUAUACUUAUGGAAGAAGACCUGGGGGACAAGACAUGCAUGUUACAGGAUUCUUUGGCUCUUCAAGCUGCUGAAAAAUCCCUCUAUGAUGCCCUUGGCCAGAAAUACCCCCCUUCAUCAAAUCAUUAUCCUUCAUGUUUCAACUCAGAGACCCCGGAUAAUUAUUGCAAUUCUAGUAGCAGUGCUGAUAGCAGUAACAGCAGUACUACUGCUAACAACUUGGUUCAUCCCAACUGUAUAAGUAAUCAAUCAUCUUUUAUAGACUCUCCCGAAAAUACCUUUCUGGUACCAGAUUUAUAUAGUGAGCUGCAACAUUUUGGACUUUCCAGUGGAGGCAAAGUUAGUAAUUCCCGUCCUAAUGAUGAUACUGUUUUCUCAAACACUGGCUUAUUAUAUUCUAGAGAAGAACUAGAGGAUUCUAAUUACUUCGUAGAAGAGAGAAGAAACAAGCAUUUUGCUUAUUCUCUUUCUGAACAUGAGCCACUGGAAGUGUUUGAUGAAGUAUUGAUAUGUAAAUGUGAGAAUAAGUCGGAGCCAUGUUUAAUUCACGGAUUGUUGAAAGAUGGAUCAAGUGAAAAGGUGCAGCAGAUUGGCCAAGCGAAAGGGUCUAAUAGUGGAACAACAGGCAAGAAGAAGAAAGGAAAAAAGAGAGAAGUGGUGGAUUUGAGCACUCUUUUAACCACGUGUGCACAAGCUGUGGCUAGCUAUGAUCAAAGGACUGCAACUGAGCUCCUGAAGCAGAUUAGGCAGAAUUCUUCACCUUUUGGCGAUGCAACUCAAAGAUUGGCCUAUUACUUCGCUAAUGGUCUUGAAGCACGCCUGGCUGGCACCCAGACACCAAUCUCUAUACAUCUAAAUAGUAGGGCAUCGGCUGCUGAUAUAAUACAAGCUUACAAGGUAUAUGUUACAGCAUGCCCCUUCAAUACGAUUUCAUUUUCAGUGGCAAACCGGACGAUUUGCAAACUUGCAGAAAAAGCACCAAGGCUUCACAUUAUUGAUUUUGGCAUUGGCUAUGGUUUUCAGUGGCCUUGCCUUAUUCAGCGUUCUUCGAAAAGGCCAGGUGGACCUCCCAAGAUCCGUAUUACAGGAAUUGAUUUUCCUCAACCAGGUUUCCGGCCAGCAGAAAGAGUUGAAGAGACAGGGCGCAGAUUAGAAGCUUAUUGUAAGAGGUUUAAUGUCCCAUUUGAAUACAAUGCCAUAGCAGAGAAAUGGCAGAAUAUUCAAUUAGAGGAUCUCAAGAUUGACAGAGAAGAGAUAACAGUUGUUAAUUCUCUGUUCCGGAUGAAACAUCUACCAGAUGACACAGUGGUUAUUGACAGCCCCAGAGAUGCUGUUUUAGAAUUGAUAAAGAAAAUUAAUCCAGAGAUUUUCAUCCAUGGAGUUGUUAAUGGCACCCAUAAUGCACCAUUCUUUCUUGCACGCUUCCGAGAGGCACUAUUCCAUUUUUCUACAUUCUUUGAUAUGUUUGAGGCUAAUGUGCCUCGCGAAGAUCAGGGGAGGCUGCUGUUCGAGAGAGAAAUAUUUGGAAAAGAUUCAAUGAAUGUUAUUGCCUGUGAAGAUAUAGAGAGGGUUGAAAGGCCAGAGACGUAUAAGCACUGGCAAUCGAGGAAUCUGAGAAUUGGGUUCGAGCAGCUGCCACUAGAUAAAGAUAUAUUAAAGAGAGUGAAGAGUUUGUUAAAGUUGAAUUAUCACAAGGACUUUGUCAUCGAUGAAGACGGCCAGUGGAUGCUGCAGGGAUGGAAGGGUAGAGUAACCCAUGCUCUUUCUGUAUGGAAAUCUGUCCAGGAUUGAUGAAGACUUCUCAAGGCUUGUGCAUCGUUAGAUCCUGUGAACUAUAUUUCUUUAAUUUUUCUGCUGAUGUAAGGAAAAAGAUGUUUUAACAUCAAGUUAUCAUUGUUGUUGUGAUGAUGAAUAAAAUCAGGCCUCUUCUGAAACAAGUAA